UCAAACUUUAGUUUCUCUCCUGUUUGAGUUCAUGUAUUUAAUUAUUGAUAUUUAUGGCAGUUUAGUUUCCAGGCUUGAAGGGUUUGUUUCAAACAAGGAACAGUCUUAUGAAGAUCCUAUUGAAGUAGUCACUCUUACUGAUGAAGAUGAUUCUUCUCUCAAUAGUAUGGGCUCAACAAACAUGUCCACUGAUGGAGAUGCUACUCAACUAGGAGAUCUUUUAGGGACAAAAAACUAUAGGUCACAUUCUAGUGAUUCUUGGGUUGCCUUUGUUGUUGACACUAAUAUAACAUCUUAUCUCAUGAUGGGCUCUACUUCACCAGGCUUGACAUCCCAUGCUGUAACACUUUAUGAAGCGAGAAUAGUGGGCCAUGAUAGUCUUGCAGAUCUUUGUGGAGUUCCCACCAAUGCUACAGUUGUGGAAGUUUGUGAUAAGAUAGGAAGGUUGGCUUUAAACAACAAUGCGUUUGCGUCUCUUGUUGUUGACUUUUCAUUGAUUGACAAAUUAGAACACUCUGAUACAAGUGAAGUUGGAAAAGAUGCUUAUGAGUGUAUAAAUUCGAGGAUGCCUCAAGAAGGUUCUCUUUCGGCUAAACCUGUAGCUAAAUUUGUAGGUGAUGACAUAACUUCUAAAUCUAAUCUAAAUGGCCAGAAUGAUGAGAAACUGAUACCAAGCCAGGGUUCUGACUCUGGCAAAGGAACAUUAAGAAGGAAAAAGAAAUAUCGAGUGGAUAUCCUUCGUUAUGAAAGCUUGGUUGCCUUGCCAAAAGCAACCUUAAAGCGGUUAUUCCUUCGUGACCAUGGAAUUGUGGUCUCUAUGGUUUUCCUCCCCUAUUCUUCUAUUCUUCCUAGACUAACAGGACCUAUUCAUUUUGGUCCUCCCUCUCCCUUAUCUAUGACACCAUGGAUGAAAUUGGUUCUUUAUUCAACCGUGGCUGGUGGGCCUUUAUCGGUUGUUUUAAUGAAAGGACAAUGUCUACACAUACUUCCUGCACCACUAGCUGGUUGUGAGAAAACCUUUAUAUGGACUUGGGAUAGUUCCACAAUUGAGGGCUUAGGAGGAAAGUUGGAGGGAAAUUUGGUCAAGGGAAGAAUAUUACUACGUUGUUUAAAUUCACUUCUUAAAUGCUUUGCUUUAAUUGUUCAACCCCUCAAUAGAUAUGACCUCGAUGAAUCUGGCAGAAUUGUUACAAUGGAUAUAACAUUGCCCCUAAAGAACUCUGAUGGUUCUAUCAAUCAUAUAGGAAUUGAAUUGGGUUUAUGCUUGGCAGAAUGUUCAAAACUAAACUUUUUAUUAAUUGAUUUGGCUAACAAGAUAGAGUUGUGGAUAGUUCGUUACAUUUGUGUAUUAAAACUUUUUAAAGAAAGAGAAUCAGAUCACUUUACACCUGAUGAGGAGAAGUAUGAAUGGGUUCCAUUAGGUGUGGAAUUUGGGAUGCCACUUUUCAAUUUGAAAUUAUGCAACAAUAUUGUAGUAGGGUUGUCUCAUCACAAUUACUUCAAGCAGAUUCCCUUACUUUACAUCAGGAUUCAAUGCGUGAUGUUUGCACAGAGUAUCAAGCAACAGGUCCUGCUGCAAAACUUCUUCACCAAAAAGAGCAAUCAAGGGACUUACCAUGAUAUUUUAUGAAGUAUGCUAGUAGAAGCUGGAAUCCUUUGGUUGAUCUUUUUUCUCCUAUAUUUGGAGCACUAAUUUGGCAUCAAAGGUUAAAAAUUGCCAGUGGCAACCAUUGUCCCAUUGAAGUUUUAAGCUUUGAUGGUAACAGUCUUAGGUUUGUUGAAGUAGUCUUCUUGCUUCUUACUUGUGGUGGUUUAGUUCUUAAUUUUUUCUUCUUCCUAGUGUUUUUGCUGACACACUUUUUAUUUUGUAAUGAUAUUUGUAGAUCAUAUGCUCUAAGUUCUGUAUAUGAAGCUGCAACAAGACCUAUUAACAACACGCAAAGAAUAAGUAUAAUGAAAGUUGAUCCUAAGG